AUGCCCCGGCACCCCGAAACGGGACCCCCCCAAAGCCCUGGGACCCCGAAACGGGACCCCGAAAUGAGACCCCCCCCCAAAGCCCGAGACCCCAAAAUGGGACCCCCCCAAUGCCCCGGGACCCUGAAACAGGACCUUGAAACCGGACCCCCAAAGCUCCGGGACCCCAUGAUGGGACCCCCCAAGCCACGCCCCUUUCCCCCACCGCUGGCCACGCCCAUCCGGCUCAGGCCACGCCCUUUUUUCUCACCUGUGGGGGCGGGGCCGGAGCGGCGGCCGCGGAACCCCCCCAAGACCCUCCUGAGCCCCCCAGGACCCCCCUGCGCCCCCCACCAAGACCCCCCUGACCCCCCCCAAGACCCUCCUGCGCCCCCCCAGGACCCCCCGAGACCCCCGGUUGCCAUGGAGACCCUCAGGCGCUGCUUCCUCGACGGCCCCCCGGGGGGGGGUCCCGUGUCCUACUCGCGGCACAGGGACCCCCCCCGGGGGGGGGAGGAGGAGGAGGAGGAGGAGGAGGAGGAGGGGGCGGAGCCAACCGUGCGGCUGCCACGCCCCCGGCGCAGACCACGCCCCCGAGCGCGGCCCUGGCUCCACCCCUUGGCCACCCUGGGCCUGGGCUCGGCCACGGCGUUCCUGCUGGGGCUGCUGGUGGCUGGGAUUGGCCACACCCCGUGCAGGGGCGGGGCCGUGGGGGCGGGGCCUCUGCCAGGAGGCUCCACCCCCGAUGGCGUUUGGGGCGGGGCCAGCGCAGAGGCCCCGCCCCCCUGGCCCCGCCUGCGGGAGCUGCUGCGGCGCCACCUGCAGGAGGAGAGGGUGGAGGCGUGGGAGGAGAGGGUGGAGGCGUGGGAGGAGAGGGUGGAGGCGUGGGUGAG